GUACGUGUAUGUCCAAAUCUAAAACUAGAGUUUCUUUCCUAAACUGUGAACAGAAUCCGAUCCGAAUCAGAAUUUGCCAUUAUAAGAAAAUGGGGAACAUAUUAUUUUCAAUCAUUUGGCUGAUUAUCCUAAUAUUUAUAGGAUUCUGGAUUGCUGGUAUUGCAGCAGGAAUUUAUAUUUUAGUACUUCCUUUCACGGUCUGCAUAGACGCAUUAUCGGGUCUCACCGAUUUCUUGCUGUCUGUGGUUCAGUUUCCAAAAUACUGUGCACAAGGAAUAAUGGAAGGAAAAGGCUUCAACUAAAGCUAGUCAAUUUACUUAUAAUAAAACAUUAAUUAAGAAGAUAUUACACGACCUUGUGCGGUUCAGCUGAUAUGAUGAUACAUAAGAGAUUUUAACGUUUAACUUUUAGUAUUUUAUAUUUAACAUAAAAUAUUCUUUA